AUGGAAAAGGCAACUGCUGUUGACCAGGUCACAGCGACCAGUGGCAUCAACCAUGAUUCCGAGAGAGCCAUGGAGUUGAACGAGGGCAUCAAUCAUCGCUCUGAUGAUAAGGCCAGUCUUUCCGAUGCAGAUUCGGCUGAGUUUCAAGGUGGUGUCCAACGAGUCAGAGCCAUCACUGCAUCUUGGGACAAAAAGACACUGAUACUCAUGUUUGUUCUACUUUAUCUCGUCUCCUUUGUAGAUGCACUUUUGUCUUCAGUCCAGGGUGCUCUGAAUCCCUACAUUACUUCUUCAUUCGACAGUCAUGGCCUACUCCCGGUUGUCAGCGUGGUUUCAACCAUUCUCGGCGGCUCCUCCAAACUUACUCUGGCUAAGAUCAUCGACAUCUGGGGUCGUGUGGAAGGGUUCCUGUUCAUGCUUCUCAUCAUCGUCAUUGGUCUGAUCAUGAAGGCUACGUGUACAAGCAUGGAGAUGUAUACCGCAGCACAUACUCUAUACUGGGUUGGUCACAUCGGUCUAACUUACGUCGUGGAGAUCAUGUUGGCCGACAUGACCACUCUCAGGAACCGUAUGAUUAUGCUUGGUAUCAACGGCACACCUGGUAUUGCUACCACUUUUGCCGGCCCGAGGAUUGCAACUCUGUUCUAUGCCAAUCUCAACUUCCGCUGGGCGUUCGGAGCCUUUUGUAUCAUCUUAGUGGGAGUCUGUAUCCCCGUGGCUGUUGUCAUGCUAUUGAUGCAACGCAAGGCCGAGAAAUCUGGCAUGCUACAAAAGGAGCGUUCUGGGCGCUCAUGGUGGCAGUCUAUUGCCUAUUACUUUGUUCAAUUUGAUGUGAUUGGAAUUAUUUUGAUCACUGCAGUAUUUUCCUUGAUCCUCCUACCUUUCAACAUCGAUUCAUAUGCCCCCAAAGGUUGGGCAAGUGGUUAUAUCAUUGCAAUGGAAGUCAUCGGCGUGGUUUGCGUCCCCACAUUCUACGUCUGGGAAAGAUACUUCUCCCCAGUACAGUUCCUCCCUUGGAAGUAUCUGAAGGAGCCAACAAUUAUUGGCUCAUCGCUUUUGUACGGCAUUAUGUUCAUCUCAACCUUUACAUGGAACACCUACUUCGGUUCCUACCUACAGGUCGUUAAUAGGCUGGACAUUACAACCGCUAAUUAUGUGCUGAAUGCUUACUCCUUGACAUCCUUUAUCUUCAGCCCGAUCUUCGGCUUUCUGAUUCGAUACACCGGAGAAUUCCGAUGGACAGCAAUGGCAGGAAUUCCAAUCUUCUUGCUCGGCACUGCCCUCCUCAUCCCCUAUCGCCAACCGGGCACCGAUAUCGGUACCCUCACAAUGACACAAAUCCUCGUUGGACUGGGCUCCUGUAUCUUCACCGUCUGUGGCCAGAUCGCGAUUAUGGCAACUGUGACCCACCAAGAAGUCGCUGUGGUAAUGGCCAUCUGGGGACUUUUCGGAUCAAUCGGCGCAUCCGUCGGCUCUGCGAUCGCUGGUGGAAUGUGGAACAACAUGCUGGAGAAAGAACUAUACAAUCGACUCCCCGUCGGCAGCAAGAACGAAGCCGCAAGUAUUUACGCCAGUCUGGUGACGCAGAUGUCAUAUGCGGACGGAACCCCAGAGCGGGCCGCCAUUGUGGGCGCUUAUGGUGAUGUUCAGCGGAAGAUGGUUAUUGUUGGAGUUUGCAUCACUCCUCUUUGCAUUGUGUGCACUUGGUUCUGGCGCAAUGUGAAUGUGAAGAAGCUAUUCAAGGAGCAGACUGCUGGAACUAUCUGGUAG